CAUUUUAUAAAACCACGUUUACCCGAGCUCGUGUGUGGUUUGUUUAGAGUGUGAUAAGUGUAGUUGAUCAUGUUUCUAAGGCAAUAUGUAAAUAACCCUGAUAUAAAAACGGAUGUGUUGACAACUAAAUCUAGCAGUUGCGGUUACGGUUCCAUGUAACAGGCUAACAUGAAGGGGAUUGUCAUUGUUUUCGUAGUCCUGAUAUCCGUUACAUACGGAACCAAAUUCUGCGAAGUGACAAAGAAAGAAAAUGAUACGUGUGGAAAGAACGGCAAGUGUACUAUCCCGAUCUGUGUAGCAACAACAACAGUAGCACCAGCGACAACACCAACAACAAAAGCAACAACACCAUCGCAAGCAAAAUCAACAUCAACAACAUCAACAAAAGCAACAACAACAACAACAACACCAAUAACAGUUCCAGUUAGUGGUCGCAAACGCAGAGCAGCAACAGCUCCACCAGCCAUAGAAAAAUGCAAAUCAACAUGUAACAGUCCUGGCGUCUGCAAAUACCAAUGUACAGGUGAAAGUGGAUCAAUUAAGCAUGGACUUUCUCCUCUGAUCCUGCUAGUCGGAGUCUUUACCAAACUGUUUCUGGUCGGAUAACUUGAAUAAAGGCGUUCUGCAAGUUGUUCUUCUGAUUAUAUCGUGUCACAGGUAGCAUGACGGAUAACAACUAUGUAGCAACAAACGUCUUUUUCGCAAGCAUUGACUCUCAUCAAGACGGGCUGCAACAGGAAUCCAGACCAGAACCCUUAACAAAACUGUGCUUGGAAUUUAGUUUGUUCUUAAACCUAGUGCAUUUUAAAACAUUUAUAAAUUAGUUUGACAAAAAUAAGGUAGAUCAAUGAUACUUUAAGUUCACUCUGGCAAAAUGAAAUAAUAACUAAAAAUAGAGAUAAAAAUAGUAAUAUAAUUAAAUAAAAUAAAAGCAUAAAAUUAACCUUUAUGUGAAAAUAACCAAGGGAUAAACAUGAAUGUAAAUCAGCGCGGGAGACGGAGACAUUAGAAAUUCGAAAUAAGGCUUUCUUUUUUUUCUUUUUGGAGAAUGAUACCAAGACCCUAACAAAUAUUUUCUUACUUAAAUCCCAUUUGAUAAUCAAAGAUCAUGAAUUAGUGAAAACAAUUGCAAUUUAUAUUAUAAUUAAACAUAUCAUAAUGCAAAUGUAUUUUAUGUGUGUGGUUGUACUAGAAAACAUUAGCGAAAUGUUUAUUGUUGAAUUGUUUUGCAGUUGUGCAAGAAAUGUAUUAAAAAUAACAUAUUCUGCAUUUGUUAUGUACAAUAUUUUAGCAAAUACAUUAAACAUUAACCUGCAGUGUUUGAUUAUUGUGCCUAAAUAAAACUUAAUUCUCUGAUAAUAUGUGUAUGAUACACAGGAUUAUCUUUAAUGAGACUCUUGUACAAACCUAUCUUCAGAGAUUUGUAGAUUGAUGAACACAUGGACAAGUUGUGUAUGUAUGCUUGCCAUCAAGAUCUGACUGGAAGUUAUUAUAUUUCCUUGUAAAUAUAUAAAUGUCGGUGUUUUAGUUGUCACUACUAAGGUUCUGACUUUGAGGAGGCUAUUAUAACUCU